UGCAAGUACCCGAGAGGACAGAACAUCGUCUGGCAUUCAAUGUUCUCUUCAAGGUUCCCAGAAACACCGCUACGAAGCGUCCUUCCAUCCUAUGACUACAUUGUUGUUGGUGGUGGAACAGCAGGAUGCGUCCUUGCCAACCGUCUUACUCAAGAUCCUGACGUUACCGUCCUUCUAAUCGAGCGUGGAGGAGUACAGAACAACUUCAUUUCUCGAGUACCACUCCUUUCUUCCCACUUCGCCUCGGAUGGGUCGCGCUCGCAUGUAGUGCCGUCUGCGCCGCAGAAACAUCUCAAUGGACGCCAACUCGACGUCGUCUCCGGAAAGUCUCUGGGAGGUGCAUCCAAGAUCAACGCGAUGAUGUACACCCGUGGCCUGCCAGCGGAGUACGAUUCAUGGGAGGCAAUGGGGAAUGAGGGCUGGGGAUAUCGGGACGUUCUGCCGUACUUUAUCAAGACGGAGAAUUACCUUGAUGGCGCAGCUGAGGGCAAGUCACCGUGGCAUGGAACUAAGGGAGAGUGGCCAGUCCAGUCUCAUCCACGCAGGCACUGGAAGCAUACAGAUGAAAUCAUCAAGGCGUGCAGCAGUAUGGGUGUCCCAUACGUUGACGACCUCAAUGCCCCCGAUGCCCCACCUCAUGGGUGCACCAAGAUGUACUACACUUUUGACAAGUGGGGUCAACGCAGCUCGACGCUUACCGCUUUCUUGCCAUCCACGAUUGCGCGGGAACGUCGCGAUCGCCUUCACAUCUGCACAAAUACGGUCGUCAGACGAGUGGAGAUCAGCAAGUCUGGCAGUGGCUUGUCAGCGGAAGGGGUAUGGAUAGCAAGCUCGACGGGAGAGGGGGCGCGUUUGGUGAAAGCGCGUCGCGAAGUCGUACUCAGCGCUGGUGCAGUGUUCUCGCCGCAUCUGCUCAUGCUCAGUGGAAUUGGCCCGGCUGAGCACUUGAAGGAGCAAAACAUCAUCGUACACAAGGACCUGCCCGCCGUCGGCGGAAACCUGCAAGAUCACAUUAGCGUACCUAUUCAGUUCCGCAUUCCUCUAUACGACUCCCUGGCUAUGCUGGUUGUGCGCCCUUGGAUCGCGAUCAAGCUAUUCUUCCUCUUUAUCUUCUUCGGCACCGGCCUACUCCUGUCACCAGUUCUCGAGCUUCCUAUCUUCCUCCAGUCCCGCUUGCUGAAUGGCAAGUACGAGACCGCCGUGACCGGAUCAGACGACUUGGACAACUCGCAAGCAAAGAACCUGCCGGAUAUCGAAAUCAUGCCAGUAUCUUGGGCAGACGUGACCAAACAUCGACAAGGGGGAUUAUCGCUCUUCAGCAUCCCUCUCCGGCCAACCUCCCGAGGAACCGUACGCUUGACAAGUUCAGACCCCCUCGACGCGCCUCUCGUGGAUCUCAACACUCUCGCCACGCAGCAAGAUCGAGCGACUCUACGGACCGCAAUCCGGUAUUCGUUUGCGUUGAAGGCACGCAUGGCCGCGCACGGGUACCCCAUCUUCAACUCGCAAGUCCCAGAACGCGAGGAGAGCGCGAGCGACGAUGACUUAGACGCGUGGGCAAAGACCGAGAUGAUCAGCGCAUCGCACUACACCUCGACGUGCCGCAUGGCGCCCGAGGAUUCCCGAGACAUUCCCGCCGGGGGAGAGGGUGGGGGCAUCCCAGGUGGGGUUGUCGAUGCGCGCUUGCGCGUGCAUGGCGUUAAGGGGUUGCGCGUUGCGGAUGCGAGUGUGAUGCCUCACAUCUUGAGCACGCAUCUCGUCGCAACGACGGUGGCGAUUGCGGAGAAGUGCGCGGAUAUGGUGAAGGAGGACUGGUGCACCGAGCUUGAUGCAGGUGAGAUAGAAAAAGAAACGUUCGCUGCGGGCAGCCAGACGGGCGCGGAGGAUGGAAGACGGCUUCGAAGUCGUAUAUCACUACCUGUCAAAAGCUUCAAGGCAGCCUCGAUGCUUAUGAACGGCGUGGUUUCCGGUUCUAAUGACCUGUAACAAGUUAUAGUGUAUGUAUGUGUUAUAUAAUAUUGGUAGUUAUUCGUGUAUUUAUUCGUUUGCAACGGC